UGUAAGCCUGUCUCUCAGGGCAAUGGAUCCUUGGGGACUCACCACGACUACCCUCCUGGUUUGUGUCCUUUUUCUGAUCUUCUUGAUUCUAUGGAGCCAAGGAUUCAAAAAGGGGAAACUCCCACCAGGUCCCAUUCCUCUUCCUUUUAUUGGCAACCUCCUGCAAUUGGAUUUCAAGAACAUCACUGCAUCAUUCUCACAGAUGGCUGAAAAAUAUGGCCCUAUUUAUACUCUUUAUAUUGGAACCCAGCAUGUUGUGGUGCUACACGGAUAUAACAUCGUAAAAGAAGCUCUAAUUGAUCAAGGAGAUGGUUUUGCAGAGAGAGGAAUUAUACCCGUCUUUGAAGAUGUAGUCAAAGGACAAGGAGUUGUUUUCAGUCAUGGAGAGAGGUGGAAACAAAUCCGAAGAUUUUCCCUCAUGACCCUAAGGAACUUUGGGAUGGGGAAGAGAAGCAUUGAAGAGAGAGUUCAAGAAGAAGCCCAAUGCCUGGUGGAGGAGCUCAGGAAAACAAAGGGUCAACCCAUUGAUCCCACCUUCAUCCUUGGCUGUACCCCCUGCAAUGUGAUCUGCUCUAUCCUCUUCCAUGAUCGAUUCAAGUACAAUGAUGAGAAAUUUCUAAAUCUGAUGACCUUGUUAAAUGAAAACUUUCAGCUGCUUAGCUCACCAUGGGCACAGCUCUACAACUUUUUACCAGCAUUCAGGGUGUACCUCUCUGGAAAGCAUAAAACACUUUCUAGAAAUCUGGAGAAAAUCAAACAUUUCAUUUUGGAAAGAGUGAAGGAGCAUCAAAAGGUGCUGGACCCCAACAACACUCAAGACUACAUUGACUGCUACCUCUCCAAAAUGCAGCAGGAAAAAGAUAAUCCCCAGUCUGAAUUUGACUUAGAGAAUCUAACAGCAACUGCAGCAGACUUAUUUGCUGCAGGAACAGAGACAACCAGCAGCACGCUAAGAUAUGGCCUGCUGCUCAUUCUGAAACAUCCUGAGGUCCAAGCAAAAAUUCAUGAGGAAAUCAAUCGUGUGAUUGGACACAAUCGAGUUCCUUCCAUAAAGGACAGACAAGACAUGCCCUACGUGGAUGCUGUGGUGCAUGAAGUGCAAAGAUUCAUUGACCUCGUACCUCUCAACGUGCCCCAUGCAGUGAACCAGGAUAUCAAGUUCAAAAACUACGUACUCCCUAAGGGCACGACAAUCUUGCCAGUGCUCUCCUCAGUUUUAUAUGACAACAAAGAGUUUCCCAACCCUGACCAGUUUGACCCCCAGCACUUCUUGGAUAAGAAUGGGAAAUUCAAGAAAAGUGACUACUUCAUGCCUUUUUCCAUUGGAAAACGGUCUUGUCUUGGAGAGGGCCUGGCAAGGAUGGAGUUGUUUUUGUUCCUUACCACCAUUAUGCAGAACUUCACCCUCAAACCAGUUGGAGAUCCAAAUGCAAUUAGCAUCAAGACCAAUCGAGUUGGAUUCCUCACUGUUCCACCACAUUACCAACUAUGCUUUCUUCCUCAUUAAGGAAGAAGACAAAAUUGAUUUGGUAAAUUAGCCAUCUAGUUUAGUUUCAUCUUCUGGACCCUAUACUCUCACAUUUUUCACUGGAAUCCCCUUGAAGGAAAGAGAAAUUCCCACCUAUUGAUUAAAAUGAUUCUUACAUUUCAGAGAUAAGAUGGCCAUGCAGAGUAUGUGGUGUCAUUAUGUUAUAUGGGCUGCAUUAUAUACAUUCGUAUGCAACCCUCUCACCAGUCUCUCCAACCACAUCCUCAAUUCUAGUUUUAGGGUGAGGAAGAAGAUAUGUAAAAUAUCCCCCCAAAAACCAUUUGUACUUUUCUUUUCAAAUAUCUUCAAACAUGAUCUUAUUUUGUAUUGUAUAGAUCUUGUUUGUGAAUUUGGAGAACAAUAAAAACAGCUGUGUUGCUACUAA